AUGGAUCGUCUGUCUGAACGAAGUAUAUUCAAUGUCACCAUUGACGACAUGCAGGAUCAUUCUCCGAAGAAGGAAGAAGUUUGGGAGGAGGUAACACAUUAUGCUGUCUUUGGAGAAAUAUCUGAGGAGGGCCCCAAUUAUCGUAAUGUGUACACACUCGUCGAAACUGAUCAGUGGCUAGGCAUGGUCCCUGGUGUAAUUGUUCUAUGUGCCGUUGCUGCUAUCACCACAUGGUCUGCCUACGUUGUUGGCACGUUUAAGCUUCGCCACCGUGAGAUAUAUGGAAUCGAUGAUGCAGGAGCUUUAAUACUUGGUCCAAUCGGGCGUGUUAUUCUUGCAACUGCAUUCUGUCUCUGUAGGUGUCUCAAUCAUGGAUGA